GCCGAGCGAGUGCAGAGGGCUGAGCGAGUCGCGACUCACGAGGGAGAGAGUGAAGGGAGGAGUAAAAAUAGUAGUUGUAGGGCUUGACAUGUCAGGAGAAAGUAUUUGAGUGGAGAGGAGGGAAGUGAACGAACCUGAGCCCCGGUCUUUACAUAGAGUCUGACCCACAUCUUGCAGACAGUGUGGUGUGUGUCCGUGGGGAAAAAAAAAAAAACUUUGAAGUAGUAGUAUUUAAAGCUCUACAGGUCUCUUGCUUCUGCAUUAUUUCAGUUGUGUCAUCCAGUGUCAGGAUGUUGGGUCACAUGCUGUCGUUCGGCCGCUCCCUGGUGCGGAGGAAAGUGGUGGACAUGGACAACCUGGAGGACUCCAAGCUGUGCCGCUGCCUGUCCACCGUCGACCUGAUCGCCCUGGGCGUGGGCAGCACGCUGGGCGCGGGCGUCUACGUGCUGGCUGGAGAGGUGGCCAAGGGCAACUCGGGGCCCAGCAUCGUGGUGUCCUUCCUCAUCGCCGCCCUGGCGUCCGUCAUGGCCGGCCUGUGCUACGCUGAGUUCGGGGCGCGCGUGCCCAAGACUGGGUCAGCGUACCUCUACAGCUACGUGACCGUUGGAGAACUCUGGGCGUUCAUCACCGGCUGGAAUCUCAUUCUCUCCUAUGUCAUAGGCACCUCUAGUGUGGCGCGAGCGUGGAGUGGCACGUUCGAUGAGCUCAUCGGAGGACACAUUGAGCAGUUCUGUAAGACCUACUUCAGGAUGAGCGCUCCAGGCCUGGCAGAAUACCCAGACUUCUUUGCAGUGUGCCUCAUCCUGCUCCUCUCAGGCCUCCUGUCGUUUGGCGUGAAGGAGUCUGCAUGGGUCAACAAAGUGUUUACAGUGGUCAACGUGCUGGUGCUGUUGUUCGUCAUCAUCUCUGGCUUCGUCAAGGGAGACUCAUACAACUGGAACAUCACAGAGGAGUCUCUCAUCAAUGUCACCAUUGUCAAAAGAAAUCUGUCUAUCAUGGAUAAUGUCACCAGUGACUAUGGUGUUGGUGGCUUUUUCCCGUAUGGAUUCAGUGGAACUCUUGCUGGUGCUGCCACCUGUUUCUAUGCCUUUGUUGGCUUUGACUGCAUCGCCACAACAGGUGAGGAGGUGAAGAACCCCCAGAAGGCCAUUCCCAUUGGGAUCGUGGUGUCCCUGCUCAUCUGCUUCCUGGCAUACUUCGGUGUGUCGGCCGCCCUCACCCUCAUGAUGCCCUACUACCUGCUGGACGAGAAGAGCCCCCUGCCCAUGGCCUUUGAGUAUGUGGGAUGGGGCCCUGCCAAGUUUGUGGUGGCCGUUGGAUCACUCUGUGCCUUGUCCACUAGCCUAUUGGGCUCCAUGUUCCCUCUGCCUCGCAUUCUGUUUGCCAUGGCACGCGAUGGCUUACUGUUCAAAUUUCUUUCGAAAGUGAGUAAGCGGCAGUCCCCUGUGGCCGCCACGAUGGCCGCUGGCAGCACCGCGGCGAUCAUGGCUUUCCUCUUUGACCUGAAAGCGCUGGUGGACAUGAUGUCCAUUGGGACCCUGCUCGCCUACUCUCUGGUGGCUGCCUGUGUCCUCAUUCUCAGAUACCAGCCUGACACUGCCUAUGGAAGGAGCCGGGUGAACGGGGACAGAGAAGGGGAGGUGGAGUCGGAGUUGACCGAGUCGGAGUCUCACCUCAACAUGCUCAACAAGGACCGAGCCCUGACACUGAACUCCAUCUUCAAGCCCUCGCUGCUCCCUACCGAGCAGACGUCCACUGUGGUCAAUUCGGCUGUUGGGGUGAUAGUGGUGGCUGUUUGUAUUAUCAGCACUCUGACCACACAUUACCAACAUGCCAUCGUUGCCAUGGCGCCCUGGGUUCUCGGUGUCCUGGCAGCGUCUUUCGGAGUCUUCAUCAUCUGUGUCUUCAUCAUCUGCAAACAGCCACAGACCUCCAGAAGGGUCUCGUUCAUGGUCCCCCUCCUGCCGUUCCUGCCCAUCUUGAGCGUGUUUGUGAAUAUUUACCUCAUGGUCCAGCUGAGCGGAGACACCUGGAUCCGCUUCUCCAUCUGGAUGGCAGUGGGUUUCCUCAUCUACUUCGGCUACGGCAUCUGGCACAGCACGGAGCACCAGCGGGAACAGCAGAGCUGCAGCAGCGUGCCGGAGAAGCCUCCGGGUCUGGGCCAGGAGGCAGGUACCGAGCAGCUCUUCCACCCCGAGAAGACCAGCCGCUGCUGAGGCAGGCAGACGUCGGGCGAGCCUACACGCUCCUUUGCGCUAAACAGACCCUUUGUUUUGUAAAGAAUCGCUGUUGACCCAUCCUCUUAACCACAAACAGACAUGCAAAAGCCUCCAGAGGCUACCGUUCAGGAGUACCUUCUCCAUAUUUAACGUGCCUUUUCUCCAUAGAACAUGGGGAACGGGACUGGUUUAGUUUGGUCCCACAAAGGAGCAAUUAAACAUGACCAAGAGAAUGAGAGAUAAGAUAGGCACAUGAUAGGUGUGGAUGCCAUGGUUAAGAGGAUCAUAAAACAAGUUAAACUCUCCCAGUGUACGUCUGUGGAUGGCACAGGGGUAUUUCUCCACCUGUCUGUGCCUUUACUUGGGUUCUUUUAAACUGGGUCCAUUUAGAAACUAGUUUUUAAGUCAUAGAACACAUGUGAUACGAACCAUUACUAACAACAAGUUGCCUUUCCGUCUAUGAGCAAGACAUUUUAAGAGCUUAAGUGGACCUGGUCACUGAGACCUUAAUGGUUUAGUUCACGGGAUCACGUGCUGAAGCUGUCAGUGUUUUCUAUAUUGCUCUUAAUAAUAGCCGCCAGUUAGAGGAUUAAAGCUGCUGUAUAUGUGAAGUUUCCUGCCAGCUGUGGGGGGCUUCUAGUCACGGUUGGAGUCCAUCCCUUUGGUCAGGGCGUGUGUAUAUAUGCAGAAGUAAUGGGCAAGCAGGGACACCUGUCUUUUCUGGAAGUUUCCUGAUUAGUCCUGUCAGAGUGUCAGCGAAAUCUUAGCAGCUAAUUGGAGUACGGAGACGAAGUGACAUUUUCUUCACAGCAUGGUUUUCAGAAUGCAAAGCCAACUGGCUGAUCUUGAUUCCAAAUUCCAAAUGUAUUUCUUACAGUUACACUUGAAGGUCCAAAUUGAAGAUUCAAUACAAUUUCAAAGUACAAUGAUUUAUUAAUUGUGAUGUGGAAUCACCACUGGAAUCACUACUGUGAUUUUUAUUUGAAGUUUGAAUGAAAUUGAGGGCCUUAAAGAAAUGCCGCCAGCCAAAAUCUCAUCUGCAGUACAUGGACGGUUAUGCAGUUCAAACAGUUGAUCCUCUAAUGCAAAUCCAUUGUACAGAUGUACCCGUUUUCUAGUUUUUGAUAAUUGUUUCAACAUAUCUGUCUGCACAUAAUAGGAUGCUGAUUUGGAUAGAUGUUCAGUAUAGAGACAGUACAGACACAGUUAAACCAGUCUGAUACACCUUUCAGUGUUGCCGUGUUAAUUCAGCUCAGUAUAGUAUUAUGUAACCGUAUGUUCUGUGCUGGCCAUACAGCACUGGAUCAACUGGUUGAAAUGUGAAAGUGUAAUGGUGAUUUCUGGCUUUCUUUCAAGUAUGUUUUCCAUCAGGUCCCUUAAUUCAUUAUACGCUUAACUUUUUAUAGCAAGACCAUUCAAAACUUUAUUUUAAUAUGUUGUCUUGUAGGGCUCUAGUCUUGGAAGAAUCUAUUGUUCCCUUGUAGCUGUAGGUACAUAUACAUACAUGUCAUUUCUUUUCACUUAGUAAUGUUACAAAUCUGUAACAGCUACGAGUAUUGCCAACACAAAUCUUUUCAUUCCAAACUGAUCUUGCAAACAGUCAUUGAAAGCCUAAGGCAGAAGCUGUCAUUAUGUGAUGAAAUAUUUCAUAGUCUUACAGCUGAUGUCACUGAAAGCACAUGCAAGCAGCAUGUUCUGGAUUAGAUGUGACAGUAGCACAUGCAUGUAGGGCAUGAAGCAUAUGGUUGGAUUAGAUGUGACAGUAGCACAUGCAUUGUUGUGAGGCAUAAAGCAUAUGGUUGAUUGGUGAAGUACGUGAAGGUCAGAUGUCCCCCCCUUGUGUCUGGACAACAAAAUGUAUUACACGUAACAGGUGACAAGUGAAAUCUGUCAGUCCAGCCGGUUCAUCCACAGUAAUGGGGAGCGGUUUAACACAAACCUGCUGGUCUGGGAUACAUAAAAGUGCUGUGAGUCUGGCCCCAAGGAGAAUAUUUGCAUUUUGCUGUUUCUGAGAGCACAAAGACAUAGGUGAUGGGCAGUAUUAGCUGUUUGAUUUCUUCUUCUUUCAAAGUAUUGGGUUAUAAAUGCAAAUUAGCAAAUAAGCAUAAACUGACCUGCAAGUUCAGUAUAUGUUUUUGUAUGUAGCCAGUACGUUUUUGAAAUGAAGAGUUCUUUUCCAAAACGCUAUAUCCACCAUUUUAAUGAAUUUUCAUAAAUCAUUUUUUUUUAUUAUUUUGUUUUUCAAUUAAUCUCAGUGAAACUGUAUUGGGUUAUGUUUAGUUGGUUUAUCUUUACUCAAUAAAAACAAAACAACUACAUUUUGAUUGAUAUCACCUGAAAUACACAAUUAAAUAACAUGAUUUCAAAAAAAUGUUUUCAAAAAUGGUAGCGUUUUGGAAAAUAGCUCUUCAAAUGUAUCCAUAAUGGCUUUGUCUUUUGUGUUGUCUUAUAGCAAAAUUAAUUAGUGCAAACACUGACCCAAUACAAAGACAAAUGAAUUGACAAUGAAAGCUACGUAUAUGGGAUAUACAUACACACAGUGUAUAUUAGAUGUAAAGGUGGUGUAGGUCAAUUUGUAAGUAUAUUAUUUUGAUGUGUGUCUACUCAAAGGGAACUUUUAUAUUUUUUUCAACACUGGAUGUAUUUUGUAUCAUGUUAGGGCUUAGGGGGUGUUGCUGUAAUGUGAUUGUUCAUACUGGUACAAUUUGUAAAGGCUGAAGAUGAGCCUUCAAUGGAAAUGAAUGCAUUGUAAUAUCAGAUGCAUUCGCUUAGGUGAGUGCCAAUUUUUGUUCCUGUUUUUAGUCUGUAUUUACAAGGGGUGUUUAUUAUCCAUUAUUUUCAUAUAUCAUCUAGAUCCUGGUGAUAAUCAAGUCAUACUUGAAACUAGAAACUAUUAGUGAUAGUUUGUUUUUAAUUGAAGAAAUACCUUAAAACAACACAAUAGGUCCUAACAUUAUAUUUUAUAUGUUUAUGAACUUUUUAGUGUUUUCUAAUUGAUUUGUACAAGAGUAACAAGAGUUGACCCAAAAGCUAAUGGUAGGCCUAUUAUGUAAGAUUGCUUCACAUGCUAUCUUUAUUGGCCUGCAUGAUUACAGACACUCCAUCACAGGAAAAGGCUGUAGACAGAAACAGUAGUAUGUAAUAAUCACAAUCACCCUGAUUAUGACACAUACAUAUACUCUUUUUUAUUGACAUCUAAUGUGGAUUCCUAUGAAUUAUUAUUCAUUAUAAUUAUCCUAUUAAGACCAGAGCUGUUUCAAAUGUUUCAGUCUUUCUUCUACGGCAACUGAGUCCAUUGGUGGAUGGGCCAACCCAGCAAUGCCUGUAGUGUAACUUGAACUGCUACUAAAGACACACACAUUCAAUAACAUUCCUUCCAUUUGUUCUGCAAGUCUGUCUUACACCAAACCAAUUGUAAUAAUCUAUUGUCUGUUUCUGUUCACUUUAACCCAACAUCUGAAAAAAAAAAACUUUUCAAAAAUGUUAUAUUUGAAUAAUGAGCCACACGUUUGUAUAAUGUAUAUUGUCACAAUAAAUACUUUUACUGUU